AUGGCGCAAGUUGCUGAAGCUACGGUUGACAUUUCCAACGAUGCCAACGGCGAGAGUCACCAACAUACUCACGAAAUAGAGCACGAGGGUCACUCUCAUGACCAUACUCACGACCAUUCUCAUGACCAUUCUCAUGACCAUUCUCAUGACCACUCUCAUGACCACUCUCAUGACCACUCUCACGACCACUCUCACGACCAUUCUCACGACCAUUCUCAUGACAAACUUACGGGUCAAGCUGAGAGAGUGAAAAGGUCUAUUGACUAUGAUUUGCUUGAAGAACGAGGUACCAUUGACAAAACUUCUGACCCAGGAGUUAAAAGGUACUUCCAAGCAAAAUCACUCUUUAAGAAGGGUUACGAGCUUGCCAAUCAGAUUCCUGAAAGUGACGAUGUUAAAGUAUUGUUGCAAUAUCACCAGCAAAUAUUCGAGGCAACCCAGAAUCUCGUCGCAGCGUUCAUACUUGAUGAAAAAGCCACGGACAUGCCCCCACGCGUCAUGACGCUCGCUCAACAGUACGAGAAGCUACUCAAAUCGCGAUACAAUAAGGAUACGAAAAAGGAAGAGGAAACGACGAUUAAAGAUGGUGAUGAUUCAAAGAAGGAUGAGAAUGACAAGGAUGAUGAAGAGAAGACGAAAGAAACAGAGGCCGCUGAGGGGAAAGAAACAGAGACUGCUGAGGCGAAGGAAAAUGUGGUGACGGCGACGGAGGUUAAAGAAGAGAAAAGUGAUGACAUGGACGAAGCAGAAGAUGAAGCUUCCAAGGCUGAAAAUAUUGAUGACUUUGAACCAGAGUUCACGAAAGAAUCUCUCGUCUUAGUCAUUUGGCUUUUAUUUAAUGGCAAACAAUACGAGUACUGUAUCCAAACUCUUAAUCUAGCCUACAAACUCGAACCUGAACUCCGGCCUCGCUUUGUCUACUUGCGUGCAUCAUGCUAUUUGGCGUUGCGUGAUUAUAAAUCUUGCAUUAAAGAUCUCGAACGUCUUAUUGCCCUAGAUCCCGAGUUUGUCGACGCAUACAGUCUGCUUGGAACCAUCUACAUGCAACGGGAUGAUCGAUUGGAAGCAAUACGUUAUUUUAAAAUGUGUGUCGACAAAGCUCAUAAAGAUUCUUCCUCAUAUUCGCAGGCAUUAUAUGCGUUGUCUGUUCUCAAUUCUCAGAAUGCUUCUGCUACCGGAGCCCCCAAUAAUCGAAACCAGGUUUUGCAGAACCUGCGUAACCAGCAGGCAACUUCUUACUAUAAAAAGGCGAAAGAUGCUGAAAAACGGUUCGUAGAAUUGUAUGGACGCGCGCCCGAGAUGGGCGAAACCAAAAGGUUGGCCGUUAACCACUUUGAAGCAAAGACGCCCAAACGUCAGUCUGAAUCAGAAAACCCGGCUGCAUCACAACGACGUCCUGCUCUUGAUGCUAGUGUUGAAAGUGUCAAGAAAUGUAAUAAUUGCCAGAGUACUGAACGUAAAGAGGAGAACGAAGCGUUGGAUCAGGACAAGAAGUCAAAAUUACUACGAUGUGCGGGAUGCGGAAAAGUUUACUAUUGUUCUAAAGAGUGUCAGAAGAAGAAUUGGAAGGGGCAUAAGCAAGCGUGUCUUGCCGAUAAAAAUAGAAAAUAG